UCCGUCCCAGUACGGUCAGCUGUCGACUCUGAUGCAACGGUCGAAAAUCUACGGAGACAACGGGGAUCCAUUUUUAUUACGUUCGAACAAGGGCGUCCGGCCUCCGGGGUGAGCCGCAUUCCGGAGCUUCGUCUCGUGCGGCCAAGAAGCUACCGAUGGCGGAGAUUGAGUUGAAAACUGCACCAGCAGAUUUUUGCUUUCCCUCAGCAAAUCAGACAAGGCAUUGUUUUACUCGCUACAUUGAAUAUCACAAGUGUUUGAAGGCUAAAGGUGAAGAUGCUGCUGAUUGUCAAAAGUUUGCCAGAUACUAUAGAUCUUUGUGCCCACUGGAAUGGAUUGAGAAAUGGAAUGAGCAAAAGGAGAGUGGCACUUUUCCGGCCCCCCUCUAAGUGACCAAUGCCUAGAACUUUGCUGCUCUUGACCACUCUUCCUAGAUUCCUAGUGCUGUUACAGAAUUCUUGCUGCUGAUUGCAUGACAACUUUUAUUUGUGAUGAUUUUUAACAUUUGCUUGAACAAAAGGAUGACUGGUAAUGCGUUGAUACAACUUUAUCAGCAAAUUAUUUCCUUGCAAACCAACUCAGUGGUCUUCAUGUUGGUUUCUGUGUUGGUUAUCCCAUAUACACCUCGCUAUGUUUAGCUUCAAGAACUAUCUGCAGUGAAAAUGUGAAAUUAUGGGAGUUAUCCUUUCA